AUGCUGUCGCACGAAGAGGUGCCGCAUCUUCUGAAGCGGUCGCACGUCGUCUCCGGCUAUCGUCCUCUCCACCAGCCGCACCACUUCUACCUUCGUUCCGCCUUCGAACCUCACAACGAAGUGGUCAGUCUUGACCAUUUGCAUUGGCUUGUCCAAGCGAGAGUUCAGCUGAAUGUGUGGACACAUUUUUUGCCUGCGGUGGCGCUCGUCGUCUUCUAUUUACUGCCGGAGAUGAUGUCGGAGGCUCCUCGACCACCUGUCCUCGUUCUUCACUCUGGCAUCGCCUUCCUUCUGCUUUGUUCUUCUUUCGCCCACUUGCUGGUUCGUUCAUUGAUAAUUGACCUACUUUGAAAAGAUGAACUCGGUUACGAGAAUAUAUGUGUCUAGGUUUUUCUCUAAUACUGUUCAAACAAAAUAGAUUCCAUCUUUCCAGCACUCUCGUUCGCCUCUUGACCAUAUCUUUUGGUUUCUGAUAGACUUUUCCGGCAUCGCCCUUUUUGGCGUCUCGAUUGGCCUUCAGAGGUUUAGUUGCAGCGACGAUAUGGGCUUUUUCAUGCGUAUCGUGAGUUUUUAGUGGAUAUGUGAAAAAAACGAGUUAUAUUAAGAAAACCAGUUCUCAAAACUUUUUCUCAUUUUCAUUAUAUGGGAAGGUAUUUCUCACUUUUUUAUGAUUAUGAAAUCAUUGAAAAACAAAAGCGAAAUCCCACUUUCAGUACGGACUGAGAUUUUUUCAGACGUACCUGCCGUUGCUUCUACUGGUUGUGCUGGGCUUGCAGUACUUCUCCACCUGCUACCUUUUCGUUUUCAAGCCUACCUGGGAGCGGAGACUCGAGCUCCGAAUGGCCUCCUGUUUCUUCCUCGCCUGUUGGCUCUACAUCCCUCUCUACAGCCGUUAUACUGUAAGCCUCUCGUAGAAGAGCGCUUCGAAAACCUUGAAGUUGCAGGGAGCGACCGACGACGAAGCGGACACGCUGAGACUGCACUCCAGGGCGUUCCAAUGGCUUCUCGUCAGCGGAGUUUUCAUGGGAGCUCAAGUUCCUGAGCGUUUUGCUCCUGGCGUUUUUGAUAUUGUCGGCUACGGACAUCAGGUUAAAAUUGAAGUUCAAUCAAAAAUCGCUUAUUGCAUUCAUGGCAAAGGAAAAAUCAGCCUUCGCUUCGACUCACAGAUAUUUUUUCAAUCUAAAAUAAAUGUUAUUAGCGAAAUUAAGAAAAUAGAGAGACGUAAUCUCAUUAAAGGCAUGAAUGAUUUUUGGACAUUUGAUUAUUUUAUCAAAUUAUAGUGAAUGAGGACGAAGUUUUUGUAAAGCGCAACCUCCAGGGAUCCUCUGAAAUUUUCAGCGAUAACGCAGGAUUAUUUAAAGGCAUAGGGGCAGUAAAAAUGGGGUUUCAGGUGAGAGCAGUAUCUUAUACAGUUUUUUUCAUUGCGAAUCGAAUGGUGUACUCAAAACAAUUACAGAUGUGACAACUUUAGAAGAAAAACGCGGUUUUACUUUCCCGCCUUUAAUUUUGAAAAAAAGCUUUUGGAUCGGCCUACGGACAACUGUUUACAGUAGCCGUGCACGCGAUGUUGCGGACGUCUCAUUUGACUCUCAUUUUGUGAGAAAUAACCGGAUUUCUGCUUCAAAUUAAAGAUUUUUUCUCUGAAAAAUCGAUUAAGGAAACAGAAAACACACAUUGAUAAUAAAGAAAACACAAAAUAUCGCAAUCCCAAUCGAAACCUGUGUAAAAUCAUCAUUUUUCACCAGAGAAGCAUUUUGCGAACAAAGUUUGCAAAUUAUACAUGAAUAAAAAGCUUUUGUGACGAAAAGAACUUUGGUGACAACAGAAAAAAUUGAAAAUUGAAAGAAACGAAGAAAAAAGCGAAUAUCCGGAAGAUGGCGAAGCCUGUUGUCCAUAGAGCAACUUUAUUGCGAAGCGCCCUUUUUGGCGGGAACUCAAGCUUUCAUUUCUCCGACGUUGAAUUAUUUUUUUCUUCAAAACUAGGAAUUUCUGUACGUUUCCAAGUUCACCGUUCGAUUCGCAAUGAAAAAGCUCUACAAAAAUACUGCUUUGAACUGAAACACCGUAUUUUACUGCCCCUAUGCCUUUAAAAUAAAACUAUAACCAAAACGAAAAAUCGAAAAAAAAACGUUCAAAAAAGAAAAGAAAAAGAAAAGAGGAAUGAGAGGAAAUGAAAAGUUAAAACAUCUAUCUGCGGCUAGAGAUGUGCCAGAACAUGUAGAGCCAGUCCGAAAACUAUUUCCAUAUCGACGCUUCCAGCUGUUCCACCUGUGCAUAAAUAUGGUGGCCUGGAACCUGGUGGAGGCGGCGGAACGCGACUGCAAGACGGUCGACGACGGCUGGCGAGCUCCCGCCAACGUUGCCAUCGGAGUUUCUUUCGGCCUCACCUUCGUCGCCAUCGUCGCCAAUAUGGUGUUCAUGAUGCGUCGUGCCAUCAAAAACAAGUACGAAUAG